AUGGAUUAUGGUGGAAAAUUCUACUAUGGAAUAAUAAUUGCUACAGAAAAUAAUGAUGAUAGUGACGCACAGUACAACAGCUCUGAUGAUAAUAGCCAGAAGGAAGUUGGCCUAUUAAAAUCUCCUUUAAACGAAUGUGGCUCUGAUGAUGAUAUUCUUCCCAUUAUUAAAAAAAAAACAAGAAUAAAGUUGAUUCCAGAAAGUUGGACAAAUAAAGAAUUAGAGAGAAAGUCUAGAAAGAUAAAUAAAAGAAGCCCGAAGGCAAAUGAAGCAGCUAACUUAGGUAAUGAAGACAGCAACGAAAAGCUCUGUGAACACCCAAAUUGUUCAUUUGAAAUAUAUAGUGCUUGUAUCUGCUUAAAAGUCUUAUUGUGUUCUAAACACUUUAAAGCAGAUAAUAACUGCCGCUUACACCAAGAUUACAAUCCGGAGAGCUUGUUUCCAGUCGAAGGAUCUCAAAGAGAAGUUUCAUUUAAAAAAGUCAGGAAAAUAAAUUCAUAUAAAUUAGCCAAAGAACUAAAGAACAAAGGACAGUAUUAUAUAAGACCGAAAACAAUGAACCUCAUGCCACCAAAACAAUUGGGACCUCGAUGCAAUGGAGAAUCAUGUUCAAAACGUAAUAAGAAAUGUAGUCUCUUCAGUGAUGGUAAAAGACAAGAGAUUGUGCAAGAUUUUUAUUCAAUGAGAUCCUUGCAGUUACAAAGAGAGUACAUUGCAAGGUACAUCAAAAUGGAAGAAAUCAAACAAAAAAUUACACAAAAACAGGUAUCUCGAAGAAAUAAAAGCAUUUAUUACUUCCUUCCGUUAGACGGCGACGAACUAUCAGUUUGUAAAACAUUUUUUAUUAAUAAUCUGGCAACGACAGCAAAGACUAUAAGUACAACUGGAAAUAUAGAAAAAAAAACAGAGAGAAGGAAGUUUAAUCAAAAAGAAAUAAACUCUCAAAAGCAAGAGUUGCGCAUUGCGCAACACCGGCUACUCUUCGGAGCGUCAGUGAAUGUGAACGCGAAAACGAAAAAGCGAAGGAAGAAGGAGAAAAUGAAGAAAAAUGGCGGCAACUUCGAUGGCCACGGUCGCGGCACCGGCAUUGGCAAGAGCAAGAGCAAGAAGUAUCAACGACCUCCGAUUGCCUAG